CCAGAUGGCAACGUGAGUGAGUCAAACUUGAAGCAAAAUACGGGAUCAGCUGUUUGUCAAACGAGAAGGAAGACAAGAGCGCACCGUUGUUAGCCUGGCCGAAACAAAAAUUUAUAAAAAGAAAACAAUUUGAAAAGAGACAGUUAAUAAAUUAAUUCGUAGAAAAACGUUUGUCAACAUACUGGUUGCAUCAUAGAGAAUGGCCCACGCUACUCCGCAGGGCGUAAAGCUUCUAAACGGCUUUAAGCGGCCCAGCCGCUUCGAAAAGGGUCUUGGAGCGCAACUGCCCGAUGCCUAUAAGAAGUUUUGGCGCGAAUGGAAACUGACGAAGCCAGCAGCGGUCCACUACAUACCCAAGGAGAGCGAGUGGGAACGGGACGAGGUGACGCAUGCCAUCAAACCAGUUCAAAAUAUACCAUUGCCGCUAAUUGAUACACCUGAAUCGCAUCAAGGCAUUUGGGGUGGCGAGGCAGUCAUUAAGGGAUUCCAGAAGCGACAACAGACAAAACGUCGUGUACCGCAUUUUUGGGUGCCAACGUUGAAACGCUCGGUGGUGCACAGUCAAGUGCUGAAUGAGUACAUGUCCGUGGUGGUGACGGAGCGCACGCUUGAGCAAAUCCACGAGUGCCGUGGCUUUGAUCACUAUCUGCUUAAGAACUUGGCAUGUGAUUUGCGUUCAGCAUUGGCUUUGAAACUGAAGCGUGAGGUGCUCAAAGCCCUACAACAAGGAUGCCCCGCAUUGGCAGCGGAACCGCAGCAUCAGGGGCAAGUGCUUAAGGAAUACAGCCCCUAUCUGGAAUCAUACACAACUGAAGAGAUUGACUGGUAUGGCCACACCUAUCUUGAAGCCAUUCGCAAGCUGCAGAAUCAACUUCGUGCCGCAGAACAGGUGUUGCCGCACAAAGUGGAGUUUCGCAGUAAAUUGAUCAAUCAGUUGCGUGAGGCUGGCAUUGCCGAAGCGGGCAAAAUUGAGACGAAGGAUGCACAGCCAAGUGCCGAGCACAAAGACUCGGAUAUUGAGGCAUUGACUAAACUUGAAUCCUCGCCAUCAUCGUCUAGUUGGUUGUCCAAAAUCAAUCCAUUUGGCAAAAAGGAAACGUAGAGUCCGACGCUUUGGGUCAGCUGCUACUGGUUAUAUGUUGAACUAAAAAGAAUAAAGCAAAUGGAUGUCUCUCCAGAUUACCCAAAUUAACGUUAAA